UCCUUAAGUGCAUGGGCUGAUGGAACUUUGUUGCUCUUUGUGCAGUGUUUGCGUCCUGAACUUGUUGAAACAAGAUUGACAGAGUUUACGAGCUGGAUCUGGAACACUUGAAAACCAACAUGAGGCCAGUGGUUGUGGUGCAUGGCGGGGCGUGGGCCAUUCCAGACGAGCUGUCCAGAGCCAGCGUCGACGGUGUGAAGGCAGCGGCUCGGGCUGGAUAUGCGGUGCUGGAGAAGGGAGCCUCUGCCCUGGACGCCGUGGAGGCCGCCACCAGAUCCCUGGAAGACAACCCUGCCUUUGACGCCGGUCAUGGCGCGGUGCAGAACACGGAAGGUGAGGUGGAACUGGACGCCAUCAUCAUGGAUGGCAGCACGCUGGCCUCAGGAGCCGUCUCCUCCGUCAGGAACAUCGCCAACCCCAUCACCCUCGCCAGGGCCGUCAUGGAACAGACGGACCAUGCUAUGCUAACUGACAGAGGUGCCAACCUGUUUGCGGAGAAGAUGGGCAUCCCCACGGUCCCCACUGAAGCCCUGGUGACCGAGAUAGAGAGGAAGGAGUGGGAGAGACAGAAGUCCUACUCCAUCGGGGUCAAGGAGAUGUUCAACAAUCAGUGGGCCCAUGACACGGUGGGUGCAGUGGCUUUGGAUUGCCAUGGCAACGUUGCCUGCGCCACAUCAACUGGAGGAAUCAGACACAAAAUGGUGGGCAGGGUCGGAGACUCCCCGAUUAUAGGAUCAGGAGCCUACGCUGACAACCAGAGUGGUGCUGUGUCCUGCACUGGCCAUGGAGAAUCAAUCCUCAAAGUCACCUUGGCCAGACUAAUACUCUUCCACGUCGAGCAAGGUCGGGGGAUCUCGGAGGCAGUUGAGAAGUCCCUGCAGCACAUGGGGGAGCGAGUGCACGGUGGAGGCGGAGCCAUAGCCGUGGGCCCCUCUGGCCAAUGGGCCGCCAAGUUCACCACAGAGCGCAUGCCCUGGGCCUGUAUGGACGGGGAGGCCCUGCACUACGGCAUGGAGCCCAAGGAGGAGAACCAGGAGGCGCCCUAGAGGAGAGGACAAGAGGGGAGGAGAGGAGAGGAGAGGAGAAGAGGGGAGGAGAGGGGAGGGGAGAGGAGAGGACAAGAG